AUGGAAGAGAGAAAUUUCACCAAAGUUAAGGAGUUCAUUCUUUCAGGGUUUACAGCUGAUUUGCAGUUACAGAGAGUACUCUUUUUUAUUUUCCUCAUAAUGUAUGUAUUCAGUCUCUUGGGGAAUAUCACCCUGAUUUCUCUGAUCUUUGCUGAUUCUCGACUCCACACACCUAUGUAUUUCUUCAUUGGGAACCUGUCAUUUGUGGAUCUCUGGUAUUCUUCUGUCUAUGCACCCAAAAUCCUGAUGAUCUGCUUCUCUGAAGACAAAAGCAUCUCCUUUGCUGGCUGCAUGGCUCAGUUUUUCUUCUCUGCUGUGCUGGCUUUUGAUGAGAGUUAUUUGUUGGCUGCCAUGGCUUAUGACCGCUAUGUGGCCAUCGCCAACCCCCUGCUUUAUUCCCAGGCAAUGUCCCCAAGGUUAUGUGCCAGUCUUGUUGCAGCUUCAUACUUUGGUGGCUUUCUUAACUCAACUAUCAUCACCAGCAAAACAUUUACCCUGAGUUUCUGUGGCAAUAAUGUCAUUGAUGAUUUCUUUUGUGAUCUGCCCCCUCUAGUGAAGCUGGCAUGUGAUGUGCAGGAGAGCUACCAGGCUGUGCUCUAUUUCAUACUGGCCUCCAACAUCAUCACUCCCACUAUACUUAUUCUUGCCUCCUAUCUCUUCAUCAUUGCUGCCAUUUUGAAUAACCACUCUACCCAAGGCCGUCUAAAGGCUUUUUCCACUUGUGGCUCUCAUCUGACAGCUGUUACCUUGUACUAUGGUUCAAUUCUCUUUAUUUACUCUAGACCAAGCACUAGCUAUGCCCUGGAAAGGGAUAAAGUGGUGUCCGUGUUCUAUACUGUGGUGAUUCCAAUGUUGAACCCUUUGAUCUACAGUUUAAGAAAUAAAGAUGUGAAAGAUGCCCUGAAGAAAAUGUUGGAUAGAACAAAAGUAUUUUAA